UGGUUGUGUUGAAAAAAUCCAAAAAAGUAUUCAAAGGAUGUGGUUUUCUGCUCCAGUUUUCCUUUCAAUCGCAUCAAAAAUAACUUCAUAGUGUUCAUGUGUCUCUUGCGCUAAUUCCAACACUAAAGAGGGAUCUAUGAGAACGCGAUAAAAGUCCAAAAUCACAGGGAAAAGUGCUUUGGAGAGGAAGACCAUAUUUGCAUUGAAUGUGAAAAGUAGGAAAGAAAGAAAAAAGAAAAGAAAAGGUCUCAUAUAACACACACACCAACACACAGAGCUACAUUUCGUUACAUUGUUGUAAGCGAGACAGAAAAAAAAUCAAAUUUCGUACAUAACAAAAAAAAAUAGUAAACAAAGAAACUCAGCUGUUUGACCAACGACGACGACUACGAGCGAAUUCGAGAUGAAUUGUUUGCAAAGCAAGAAACAAAAGACGGGCAACAACUCCGAAGACGGAGACGAGCAGCAAAAUUACCGUCAAACCAAUGGUCAUUCCAGCACGAAUGGACAUCAAAAUGGCUUCUCCAACGGAAUCGUGCCAAAAGUGAAGGUUGCCGUUCCCGAUAUGUGCAUCUUUUGCUUCGACGUUUUGCAUAACGAGUUGCUGAACGUUGGCGAGCCACGACGCCCAACCUUUACGAAUCAAGCGUAUCCGUUAUUUGUCACUUGGAAAAUUGGCAAAGACAAACGUUUGCGUGGAUGCAUCGGGACAUUCAGCGCCAUGGAUCUCCAUUCAGGCCUUCGUGAGUACGCAAUCACAAGUGCUUUAAAGGAUUCGCGCUUCUCGCCGAUCACGCGUGACGAACUUCCCCGACUGACAGUCUCGGUUUCCAUUUUGCAGGACUUUGAGGAGGCGCACGGGCAUCUCGAUUGGUCCAUCGGCGUGCACGGCAUCCGCAUCGAGUUCCUGAAUGAACGUGGUGCCCGUCGUACGGCAACUUACUUACCUCAAGUGGCGCCCGAACAGGGAUGGGACCAGAUUCAGACAAUUGACUCGUUGUUGCGCAAGGGAGGCUUUCGCGGUCCCAUAACUCAGGAAACACGUCGCUCAAUUAAGCUCACGCGUUACACAUCGACCGAGUGCCAGAUGAGCUAUAACGAAUAUCGCGAACACACGGAUCGUCUGCACGCCAAUGCCUACGGGAAGGUUCAGUGCUAACAUUUUCUACCGAACUUCUUUCGCAACAAUGCUAUGCGGAGUAGCGCUCAUGGUGACGGCAAUACUAGCGGCUGCACUACUAACGACAAAGUCACCAUUUGCACUCCGUGGCUAAAUCGACAUUGAAAAUUUCCCUAAAACUACCGAUGACGACGAAAGCGUAUGACACAAAGUUUGUAAGAAUCGCGAAAACUUACAAAAAAAUUCAAUAAAUUUUUUUUUAGAAUAAGAAAUAAAUAUAUAUGCAGCUUUUUCCCUUUAAAAAUUACAAAAAAAAAAUCUUAAUGGAGAGAAAAAGCUCGGAGAAAGUCUUUCAUUCAACAACUUUUCUCACAAUAUCAAUAGUUAAAAACUGGACUUACUUUUGACAAAAGUACAAGAUCCCUCUUUAAUUUUAGGAAUUAAUUUUAAAAAAUAAUCUUAAUGGUGUGUUAAAAUUCACGGAAAAAUUUAAAAUAAUUAAGAAAGUUUUAAUCCCCGUUUUACUAAAAAAAAAAAUUAUUAGAACUAACAAUCGAAUAAAUUUGAUAGAAUUUAGUUUUUAAACAAAAAAAAAGUAUAUUAAAGUGGCGCAGAAUGUGAUGUUAUGCCAUUCACUGCCGAAUGAAGCGUAAGAACAAAAAAAAUUAAAAAUAUCAGAAAAAAAAAACUUAAAAUUGAAUUAAAAUUUAACUUUUGGAAAAUAAAAAAGGAAUAUAUAUAUUAAAGUUCA